ACACACGCACGCACGCACACACACACACACACACACUCUUCUUUCUUUUCCUGCUCGACGACUUCACCUGGAGGCUGGACCACUAGUGGAGCUCGUUAGCCUGCUAGCCUGGCGUAGCCUAUCCUACCAUUAGCAUGCUGCAUUUAGGAACCCCCAGGUUUCGUAAAGUGUAUUUGUCAACUCUGGCCUAACAACUGCAGCCCCUCAAGUGUGUCCCUUCAAGGUUCCUCAAGUUGUCUCAUUGAAAGUAUGUGUGAGGGGCCAAAGAUCUAUGCGUUUGCGGGGGCCCCUCUCCCGGUGACGGCGGCAUGCUGAGGGAGCGGUGGAGACAAUUGAAGCUCACCUGGUGGGAUGGCCGCCUCGUCCCUGCAGCCGAUAACGAUGGCAGCAUGCGGGAGGAUGAAAGCUCAUACGAGGUGGCUUCUGCCUCAGCGGGGCUUCAGAACACCAAGCCUCCGCAACACACCGCAGGAAAUGAACAAGCGUCCUUCACCGCUUUCCCUAGUCAGCCAGUACCUCUCGACCUCAUUUCUCAGAGGCGCUGCCCAGGCCCAGCCCAAAUACGUGCAAAGACGGGCAGACCACUCAUCGGGCGCACCGGAGCGCUUCAGUCUGACGACCUGCUCCCUCGAGCCCACUAGGCCACUGAGCUGGUACUUGCCCCAAGACGAGCUCCUGAGUGCAGCAAGGCGCUCUCCAGAAGGUUCUGGCGAGACCGUUGGUCUGGCCCAGCGGGCGGAGCGAGGAGGUGUGGUCCUGGAAACCACCUCGUAUGGCGUGCUGUGCUCGCAGCAGGCUGGCCGUCCCGCCUCAUCUCCCGCGUCCAAAAGAGCUCGUCUUGGCGAGGCAAUAGAUGGCCGUGGUGCCAACCCGUUUCCUGCUUCCCCAAAACUUCUUGGCCAGUGUGCCGAAGCAAAGGCUCGCUAUCGGGUUCUGGUUGCCGUGGUUCAUCCCUGUCAACUAAAGGAAAUCAAGGUCAAGUGCGAAGCAGUUAAGGGCUCCCCGGUGUCCCUGGCCAGUGUGGUGGUGACGGACCAGUCGGGCGUGGACCUGACGGUGCUGCUGUGGCGACAGGCGACAUUCUGGGCAGCGGCACUCGGCGUCGGAGAUGUCGUCUUCAUCACAGGUAUGCCAACAGAACGCCACGCAGUGGCGAGCGUGGAGUGGGCCAAUAGCCUUAAGGGGGCGCUGCUGCUGUGGGGUUUGGCUCUGGACUGGCUUCCAGGCAUCAGGACGCACCAAGACGCCGUCUGGGACGUCCGCUUCCUCCUGGUCAUGGAGGGCACGGAUUUUGAGCGCGCCGAGCUUCACAGCACUCCCUGGAGCCACGCCCGGCGACUGGAUGCAACUGACCACCGGCUGGACCGAUUCCUGUGCGUCACGGGUCGCACCGUGGAGAUGGACGUGGACACACUGCUCUUGCAGCAAUACUCAGGAGACGUGCUGCUCAGGGUACGAGUGUUGGCCUUCCGCUUUCGGCCUUAUGGCGGCAUGGCAGCGGCCCUGCCGUCCAGCUUGGACGGCUCCACGCCUCGUGCCGCCAUCUCUGCGAUGCUGAGCGGCGAUGUGACCUACUUGGGCUGCAGCCGGUGCGUCGCCGAACUGGACGUUGACGCCAACGGAAUUUAUGCCCCAUGCUACGUUUGCCUGCCCGCCGGCGCCGCUACUACAGGUGGCCGCCAUCCGCAGUCCGGCUGUGCUGACGGUGAGCGGGCAGGGCUCCAGGCAGGCGAGCGUUCAGGUUCCCACCGUCGCCGCGCAGAAGAUUCUGGGCAUGCCGCACGGCCAGCUACUGAGGAACGCUCCGACGGCAAAAAUGUUGAUGUGGCAGUGGAGAGGCUCCGCACACUCCUCUGCCUUCCCGGGAAAAACGUGGCCAUCUCCGUGCGUAGCCUCGUCUUGUGCGACAACAACGGUGCGGCCAUCAGUCAGGAGUUGGCGCUGCUCGAGCUGCUCUUUGUCCCGGACCUGUGAAAGCUCGGCUCGGUGCGGCUCGGAUCAGGUCGAAUGGCAUCUUUUGCCAAACAUUACUUAUAGCGAUGGAAAACAAGAAGAAUACAGCACCUUCAAUGCAAUUCAUCUGAUACAACUACUCAAAAUACACCCAGAAUAAGUGAAAACAUAGACCGGACAGCUCUAAAAUGAGCCAAAAGACUGACGCCAAUGCUAUGAGAACAAGGGCAUCAUAUACACGCAAUAAUAUAAAAGUGAAAUACAGUUCAUUAGUUUUGUGUCAUUUCAAGCUUACUGCUUUACUGUAUCUGUCGUUUCCAUAGAUUGAAGGAACUGAACCAUCAAUGGAACAAAGUCUUUGGGUGAAAUCUUCUCUAUACUGACAAAACAUUUCUGAAACUCGUCCUUGAACAAUCAGGACUUUGCAGGACAGUGUAAUGAGUUGUGUGGAUCGAUGCAUCCAACAAUGGAACAUCUUGAUCUCUCCACUUUGGCAGCCUUGAGUUGUUUGGACUACAAAAGUCUCUCUGAG